AUGGAGUACCCUAAGUGUGACUGUGGAAAACCUCCUGUUUUGGAAAAUGGCUCACCGGUUAAUCCUCUGACCACCUUUCCUGUGGGUACAAAUAUUACUUAUAAGUGUAACCCAGGAUAUUUGUUUCAGGAAGGAGGUUCAAAACUUAUUACCUGCAGGAAAGAUGGAACUUGGUCUCCCUUGCGUGCUGUCUGUGAACCAUUAAAUUGUGGUAAUCCUGGAGAGAUUCUGAAUGGAUAUUAUAAUGCGUCCGAAGGUACUACUUUUGGAAGAGAAGUUGUAUUUUAUUGCGAUGAAGGAUUCCGCAUUGUUGGAACAAAUUUCCGGAUUUGUAAAGCUGAUGGUUGGAGUGGCCAGGUUCCAACAUGUGAAAUUGUCCAGUGUCCUGAACCUCCCCGUAUUUCUAAUGGGACAGUUUCAUCAUCUGACAGUGACUCCUGGCCAUUUGGAAGUAUCGCAAGAUAUUCAUGUCUUGAUGGUUAUUCAUUAAUUGGUGAAGAAACCAUCACCUGUACAGCGACUGGAGAAUGGGAUAAGGAUCCACCAAGGUGUCAAGGUGACUGUGGAAAACCUCCUGUUUUGGAAAAUGGCUCACCGGUUAAUCCUCUGACCACCUUUCCUGUGGGUACAAAUAUUACUUAUAAGUGUAACCCAGGAUAUUUGUUUCAGGAAGGAGGUUCAAAACUUAUUACCUGCAGGAAAGAUGGAACUUGGUCUCCCUUGCGUGCUGUCUGUGAACCCUCCAAUCUAGUUACCACUCUUGCUACUACUCAUACUGGUGGAUGUGAAAGACAUAUUGGUCAACAACUUGGACUGCUCCUCAUCCUGGGUCUCACAGCAGCAUUUCUGACCUAAAAAGCAACUGAACCAAAGCACUUUUUUGGUUGAUGUACUUAUCUUUAUGCUCGGCCUUUGCACAGUAUUUGUGGGAACCAAUCUCUAAAUUUUAAUUUUACACUCAAACUAGUGGAGUAGAUGAUAUACUGCGAAACUCAGUUCCUGGAUGCAGAUGAGAGAAAUAUUUGACUAGCCUUGUUCAUAACAACAAUGAUUGCACCUGACGCAAGGUUAAUUUGUACACUGUAUUCCUUAAGUUAUCUCAAAUCAUAAGCUAAUGUUAACCUUCCAGAACUGUACAUUAAUAUCUACUAAAGUGCAGCUAAUCUGAAUUAACUUCAAAAUAAUUUGCUUUGAUAAAUUUCAAUCACUGAGUAUUGAUUUCUGUACAAUAUGUAAAAAUCUGUAGUUGAUUCAUCACUUUAAUUUCUCCCCCCUCAUUCAAUUAUCAUUGAAUGUGAUGAAAGCAUUCAUAAUGUCAUCUAUUUGACUGGUUUGAGGCCCAAUCCACUUCCAAAGGUGUAUUUUUUUUAAAAUUGGAAUUAAAUUGGCAUUCAUUUUUAAAACAUUUUUUCACUUUGCUGACUCACCAGUCAUGAUGCAACUGUUUGACAUCUAAAAUAGAAAACUUUAAAGCCAACAGUAUGAGCAUACUCCAAUGCACGUAGACAUGGACAAGUAUUUGAAUUGUUUUUUUUUGUUUUGAAAUAUCUACCUUUUCUGCUUUUCUUUUCUUAAAGAAAGGCAAAAUGAGGACCGUGUGUUUCUUCACCUCAAAGAACCCGACCAGAUUUUUAUUGUGGAUCUAGAUAUUUCAAGAAUGUUGCAUAAAGUAAUAAAUUGACUAUUGUGCACAUCUUCAAUCUAUUUUCACAUGUAAGAAAGAGACUCGUUUGAAGCACUUUUUUGUUCUUUUGAACAGCCAAUUAACUCAAACAAUUGUUUACAAAACACCAAAUAUAUAUUUUUUUUCUCUCUCCUUGGACUUUUUAAACACGAGAAACUACCAGAUUAAUCUUUUUUGGAUUGCCUUGUAACAGAGUUUUAUCACUUUAGUUCAACAGCUAUUUGAUCUUCACAUUCUUGUUUUGCUUCAGCAGAGAAAAUGUUAGAUUUUUUGUGCUUAAUUGUUAACUUUGAAAAUGGAAUGUUAGAUUCAGUUCUCUGCACCAGAAUCAACAGUAAAAGAUGCAUUAGUAAUCUUGUAUUUUGGUUCAGGAUUACAUAAAACAGCAACUUGGAAACUUUAUAUUAGAAAGUAUUGAACCUGAAUCAGAAUAAGUGAAAUCAGUUACAAUUUACUUGCUGCAUUUCAGGUUUUGUGAUUUUUGGAGAAAUUAUUUUUCAUUUUUUUGCACUGACAAUUAAUUUAUUUUGCAGGGCUUAUGACCCUUGUUUUCAAAAAAAUAUGGCUACUAAAUAAGAUUAAUUUUGCCUAAAUUGUGAUGUUUUAUACCGACAAAUGUUUCAAAGUAAAUCUUUAACUUAUUAAA